AGGACUCGGCGCCGGGAGCUGACGCGCGGCCGGGCCCGGUAGCGGGAGCGGGGCGAGCUCGAGUCUCCGCCGCCAUGGGGGGAGGAGACCUGAAUCUGAAGAAGAGCUGGCAUCCCCAGACUCUGCGCAAUGUGGAGAAGGUGUGGAAGGCAGAGCAGAAACAUGAAGCCGAGCGGAAGAAGAUUGAGGAGCUGCAGCGGGAGCUGCGGGAGGAGCGAGCCCGGGAGGAGAUGCAGCGCUAUGCGGAGGAUGUGGGAGCAGUCAAGAAAAAAGAAGAGAAGUUGGACUGGAUGUACCAGGGUCCCGGGGGUAUGGUGAACAGAGAAGAGUAUCUGAUGGGCCGCCCUGUGGAUAAAUAUGUCUUUGAGAAGAUGGAAGACAAAGAGGCAGGUUGUUCCACUGAAACAGGACUUCUCCCAGGCUCCAUUUUUGCCCCUACAGGUGCCAAUUCUGUCCUAGACAUGGCAAGCAAAAUCCGGGAGGAUCCACUUUUCACGAUAAG